AUGUCGUCGCAUUUCCAUAUAAUCAUUGGUGUUCUGAUCGUUUUCUACUUAUGCUCAUUGGGUCAAACUAUCAGUAAAGUUGACAGAACAAAGGUUUUACCUUCAUUUUCUAUUGAUUAUCAAAAUAAUCAAUUCCUUCUCGAUGGACAACCAUUUCGCUAUAUUUCUGGAUCCAUUCACUACUUUCGAAUUCAUCGGAGCCAAUGGAAGGAUAGGCUUCAGCGAGUUCGCGCACUUGGCCUCAAUGCUAUUCAGUACUACAUUCCAUGGAAUUAUCAUGAGAUCUUCGAGGGCGAGUAUAACUUUGCCGGAGGACGCAACUUCAGCGAAUUCUCUAUCAUCGCUCAUGAACUGGGAAUGUACUCAUUGAUUAGGCUGGGUAUUGCUAUAGUAAUUAUUUCAUUCAAUUUGUACUUCAAAAACGCUGUGCAAACUUGGUUCUCUGUGCUUCUGCCUCUUAUCAAACCACUUUUGCGAAAAAACAACGGUCCUGUCUUGAUGGUUCAAAUUGAAAACGAAUACGGUAGCUAUAAGGAGUGCGACAGGAAUUACACUGCAUGGUUGCGAGAUUUAACAAGGAAGUUUCUUGGAAAGGAUACAGUAGUCUAUACAACAGAUGGAAGUGGGGACUCAUUCUUAAAGUGUGGGACAGUCCCUGAUACUUUGGCUACAGUCGAUUUCGGUCCAUCUUCAAAGGCGGCGAUCAACGCCUCGUUCAGCGCGCAAAAGAAGUUCUUACCACAAGGCAAGAUUGAUUCAAUGAAAUUUUUACCACCAGCUUUCAAAAGCUUUUUAUUUCAAAAUGUUUUAAAACUUAAGAUAAGAUUAGGACAGGGUCCUCUCGUGAACUCGGAGUUCUAUCCGGGAUGGUUUGUGCUCUGGGGUGAAAAAACUGUAACCAUUCCCAGUACGAAAAGUGUUGUAGAGUCAGCGCAAUAUAUGUACAGCUUGGGAGCAAGUAUGAACUUCUACAUGAUUCAUGGCGGAACGAACUUCGGAUUUUGGAGCGGAGCCGAGAACAAUGCACCGUGUAUAACGUCGUACGACUAUUUUGCUCCAAUUUCCGAAGCAGGUGAUAUCACUGAGAAGUACUUAGCGAUUCGAUCAUGGAUAAAAGGGAUUCCUGGAUGGAAAACUCGGCCGUUAGAUAUUCCGAAAAACAAUCCGUUGGCUUAUACAUUAUUGGCAACUAGCUUUUUUCAUAACUCGUUCGGAGUUCUGAACCUGCAACCGCUGAACGACCUCUCAGAACCACCUAACGAAAGAAAUUGUGUCUUUUCUGAGCUUCCAAUGUCGUUCGAACAAAUCGGCCAGCCAUUCGGAUUUGUUCUCUACACAAGGAAAAUGGAAACCUGUGGCAAACGACUUCAUGUAAAGCAGUUGAAAGACUUUGGAUAUGUCUACUUACAAAAAAAGCACUUGGGUACACUUGUGCAUUCAUAUUAUGGUAAGUCUAAAAACAGUGUGGGUUUGAAUGGCUGUGCUCCUGGCGACAAACUGAUCAUCCUAGUCGAAAAUCAAGGCCGCCAAACAUUCGAAACCAUUAACGAUCCUAAGGGCAUUAUUUCUGAUGUCGAAAUGGACGAAAUAGUACUCAAUGGUUGGAUUCAAUGCAAAAUGAAUAUUGCCAACGACUAUGCAGACAUCGUUUCUCCGAGCAUGAGCUUUUGUUUGCGAGAGAGUAGCACGAGAGACGAUGCUAGCGUUACGUCAAAUCCGCCCGCGGUAUUUUGUUAUCCCGAAAUUGAGCAGAAUUGCCAAGAGUUGAAUUCGACUUCUUCGUUUCAAACAUUUCAGCAAUCCGCUGGCGCUCAUGGUUUGUAUCGUGGUUUUUUUAACGUCAGCAUGCCGACUGACACGUUCUUGAAUACAAAAGGAUGGGGAAAGGGUGUAGCGAUAGUGAAUGGGAAGAAUUUAGGACGAUAUUGGGCCAGUGAAGGACCGCAGUAUACACUCUACGUUCCGUCGGCUUUCCUUCGUCUUGGAAUGAACUCUGUGACGAUAAUAGAGUUAGAAAAUACUCAUAACUGUUUGAAUGGGUCCUGUUCAAUGUCUUUCGUCGAUCAUCCGAUAUUCGAUCUAAAUAUAACCACGACUAAUUAUAUCUGA